CACAUUCUGUCGUCACAACCGGAAAACCGUCGGCACCUCCAGACUCUCGCUUCCGUCAAAAACGCACGACCAAGUGUAGGAUUUAUAUCACCCGGGGAAGCAUGCAGGUUAAGCAUGUUCGCUCACUAUUAAGGAUAUUACAUAUUAAACAUGAAUCACUUUGCAGGCUGACAGCUAGUUAAUAAAUAACUAUUUUAAUUAAGCGGGUCGGAGGACCAACAUGUCGGCGUCCUCAUCCCAGAAAGGCUCGCCACCAGCCUCCAGCUCACCUGCUUUUGAAGGUUUUCCUUUUGCGGUGCCGGGCAGCACUUCCGAGGAGCAGCAGCCGAGCGGCGGCGUCCAAAAGAAGCCGUGCCGCGCUUGUACGGACUUUAAAUCAUGGAUGAAGACACAGAAGCAGCAGACGACAGCUGCUGUGCAGGAGUCUCAAAAUGAGUUGGAGGCACAAGAGCCUGAGUGUCCGCUGGACAGGCAAGAGUUGGGACGUAACACCUGGUCCUUUCUGCACACCAUGGCUGCAUAUUACCCUGACAAACCAUCUGUCAGCCAGCAGCAAGAGAUGGGCCAGUUCAUUAACCUAUUCUCCAAAUUCUUCCCCUGUGAUGAAUGUGCAGAAGACCUUAGAAGCAGAUUAAAAACCAAUCAGCCGGACACAAAGAGCCGUCACGCUCUGUCCCAGUGGUUCUGUCGACUCCAUAACAACAUCAAUGUGCGUCUGGGAAAACCGGAGUUUGAUUGCUCCCGAGUUGAUGAGAGGUGGAAGGAUGGAUGGAAAGAUGGCUCCUGUGACUAAAAAAAAAAACCCUCCCAGAUCUUUUGAGUGUCGAUGCGUUCGGCUUUGGCGCAACAUCACGUGAAGAUAAUUUUUUUUUUUUAUUUAUUUAUUUUUUUUUAAACAUGGAUUUUCCUGUUCUGCUGUUUACCAAUAUAUUUGGUCCCAUAAACAAAAUUGAGGGUGCAAACAAACAAGCUUUGUUAUUUUGCACCAAUAUCACUAUCACUAGUGCCAUUGGCGUCUUCAUCAGAAAUCACUCAUCAAUUAGUCAUCUGGUCUUAUAAGUGGCCGAAGAUUUGGACACACACCAGUACAAAGAUAAGUCUCUUAAAAUGGGUUUCCUCAAUGUUUUCCUUUAAAGAAUAUAUAUUUUGGCACGUCCCACACAGUGCUCUGCUAACUACAGUUUGUAUAAUUUGGUUAAAUGAUUUUUUCUUUAAAAUUGACAUAGUUUUACUGUCCACAAGUUCUUUGGAAAAAAUGAGUCAUUUUGAUCAUGUGUAUUUUAUUUUCAUAAUCAUGUUAAUCAUUUUUCCACUGUACUGUGUUGAGUCUGGACAUCAUAUUCUUUGGGGUUAAUGCUGAUAUCAUCAAAACAAAUUCCAAAUUAAAGUUGUUUUUUUUUUCAACAAAAUGCCUGGAAGUUAUUCUGCAUUAUGAGAUCGUAACAUCCCCAAACAUUUUU